AACCUUUAAUGAUUUAAGCAGUAAGUGUUGACGUAAAGAAUAUUAAAACUUUACGAUUUAAGCAGUUGGCUCUUUUCGAAAACGUUACACAGGAGCAGGGCGGAUCGCAGCGCCACAAUUUUUGCUAGAUAUAUGUACUAAUAUUCAUACUGAUUCUGAGAAGAUGUCAGGGAAUUUGGAUGAUAUCUCCUCAAUACUUGAUACUUCAAAGGCGGAGCGUUCAGUAUGGCUUAUGAAGUGUCCUCAGGUUGUUGCUCGGGCUUGGAAAGAAUAUGGUGAUGCAGGUCAACCAUUAGCCAAAAUAACUGUCUCUGUUGAUCCACUAAAGACAAAUGAUCAAUCGGCUGAAGUAAAGGUUGUAGAUCCAACAGCACCUGCUAACAUACGUAAAAAGGCUGAAGCACAUGAGACAUCUUCUACUGCUAACCCAAAAAAGUCAACUCGGAACAAUAAAUCAGAGGUAAUUAUCUACUACUUAUGA